AUGGGCCACUCGCCCAAUCACAUCAACCUUUAUGCUUCUGGCGAGGAAGUUGCCGCACUCAAUUUUCUCCUCUCUGCACCCGUCACCUCCUCGACCGGCGCCAUCCACAUCACCCACGCCGACCUGGCAUUCAACGAGCUCGAGGGAUCGUCUGCAAUCUCCAUUGCACUCGCCUACUAUACCCUCUCGACAUCGAUCAAACCUUUUGACUUUUCUGUCGCCUAUUGGCAGGCCAACUACCGCCUCGACUCGACCCCGCAUUCGACCCCAUACAUCGUCUCGUCCGUAAGCCCUGCCCCGGUCGCUCCGCUCACCAUCGCCUCAUCGGCCAUCGUAGACUUGCUUCACUCGGCCUGGACAGACAACGCCUUUUCUGUAGGUCGUCUUCUCCUUCGGCUCGCUGCUGUCGACACCUCCCAGUGCUCUGGCAACAGCUGCCGCCUGGACAUGCGCGAUCCCGAUCCAUCGCUCUCCUUCAUCUACUACGAGCCGCCAUCGCCGCCAUCGCCGCCACCGCCAUUCCCGCCGCCGCCGCCCUGCGCCCCGCCGGCCUCUCUCGACUCAUGCGGCGUUUGCUCCGGCCCGGGCACCGGCCACGUCGCCGACUCGGAUCGCGAUGUUUGCGGUAUUUGCUUCGGCGACAACGCCGCGCUCGAUGAUUGUGGCGUUUGCUUUGGCGGCGAUGCUGCCAAAGACGGCUGUGGCAUGUGCUACGGGAACAACGCGAGCUGUGCCGGAUGUGAUGGCAUCCCGUACUCGGGCACGACCCCAGACAUCUGCGGAGUGUGCGGCGGCGAUGGCUUGGCCUGCUCUGGCUGCAACUUUAUUCCAAUCCCGCUGGGCGGCGUUUGGUUCGACGGAUGCGGCGUGUGUGGCGGGCCGUCAGGCAUCUCGGCGUGCGCGACGUCAUGCCUGGCCAACGGGACUGCCGUCUACGACUGCUUUGGCGUUUGCAACGGCACCGCAUACAUCGACGACUGUGGCAUGUGCGUCGAGGGCUCGACGCCGAACAUGCCGAAUGCGUUCAAGGACAGCUGUGGCGAUUGCUUUGGCGGCGAUCGUGCUCGCGACGUGUGCGGCGAGUGUCACGGCAACAACGCGCGUCGUGACGCCUGCGGCAUCUGUGACGGCGGCGAUGUGCAUGUCGACAGCUGCGGUGUGUGCUUUGGAAGCAACCGCGACAGUGAUCUAUGCGGCGUGUGCGGAGGCAACGGCACCAGCUGCGUGGGAUGUGACUCUGUCGCCAACUCGAACAAGGUAUUCGACGCGUGCGGCGUGUGCGGCGGGUCCGAUGACUGCGCAGCUCACGCCUCCUCAAACGGCACGCCCAUGCUCUUCCUCAUCCUCGCUGGUCUCGGCUCGCUUCUCCUCCUUGCAAGCCUCGUCCUAGGUCUCGACGCCGCGCUCGCCGCCGCGCCGGCCGGAACCGUCGUCAUCCUCAUCACCGACGUCGGCAGCUCGACCCGGCUAUGGGAGGAUCUCCACGACGUGAUGGAAGGCGUCAUGCUCAUCCACGACGCCAUCAUUCGCCCACUGCUCGAUGAUGCCGGUGGCUAUAUUGUGCGGACCGAGGGCGACUCGUUUGUUGUCGCCUUUGCUGCCGUCGACGCAAGCCGCGCGCUCCGCGCCGCCGUCGCCAUCCAGGACCGACUCACCCGCGCCGACUGGCCCAAAGCGCUGCUCAAGCACCCAGCGUGUCCCACCCAAGCUGCGCCUCCGUCUCCAGACUCAUUAGAAUCUAAUGCUCAUGUCUGGCGCGGCCUCCGCGUUCGCAUCGGCAUCCAUGCAUGUGCCCCCCGUCGCGCCUUUGAUGAUCGUACCCACCGCAUCGCCUACACCGGUGCGUGCAUGGCCCACGCCGAUACCAUCACCUGUGCCGCCAGUGCCGGCCAGAUCGUUGUCUCACAUGCCGCCAUCGCUCUUCUUCCGACUCGUGUUCUUCGCGGCAUUGUCUUUACUCCCUUUGGCGCUGUGUCUGUCGCCGAUGACUCGGCCGUCUUUGACAUCUGCAACGUCUCGUCGCCGUCGUCGUGUGUCAUUUCACAAACGAGAACGCCAUCGGUCUCAUCCGCCUCGUCGUCAUCCUCUUCAGCUUCACACUCGCCGCGCAAUCGGUUCGUCCCCACGCCGGAAGAGCUGUCGUCAAUGCGCGAUCUCUCGCUCUCAGCCGCUCUCUCCUGCUCCAACAUCCACUCGCACUCGUCGUUCUCAGACGCGGAUGACGCCGACGUAACCCUUGCGCCCGCAGCGUCGCUGGCCAGCCUUGGCCCACCGGUCCCGCGCCGACAUCGUCGCCGCUCGCAGCGGGCAAAGUCGGUGACAGACCACAACGAGUCCCCAUCAGCAGCAGCUGGUCUGCCGGACAGCAACUCUGACCUCUCAGCCGCAGACUUGGUCAAGAUGUUGCCGCCCGGCCGGGUGUCGCCGCCCAAGCCCGGCGCCAAGCCCGAUCCGCCGCGCCGAAAGCGCGCUAUCACCUUGGGCGACUCUUACCCCGCCCGCCCACGCCUCGCCUGCCACCUUGGCUACUCGACCGAAGCACUGACAUCUAUCCUCUGCUCGGUGUCGAGCUCCGACUCGCCAGAUCUGAGCGGAGAUGACCGCUCGCCGCCGCGCGCCGCUGUCAGGCGCUCGUCGCGCAUCAUGCACGCCCUCAAAGCCGCGUCGGGUUCGUCGACGCCAGGGCCACUGCCCUCGGGCCAGUCGACAUCGUCACGGAACUUGAAAGCCCGUGCCCGCCGUCGACUCCGUGUCCGCCGCGUUCUCAAGCACUCGGCAUCGACCAUGCUUCACCCGCUCGACAUCAUAGUCGAGCGCGACGACAGCGAUAGUGGAUGCAGCCCGGCCGUGGCUACCCGCCACUCGCCGGGCCGCCGCAUCCGCACCCUCAAGCGAUUCCGCUCCGAAGACAUCACCCCUCGUCGGAUGCCGGCCCAGCAGCGUUCGCGCCGCGUGCGUCGGCUCGAGUCGACACUCAACACCUCGCACUCGGACUCACUCACACAGGUAUCGCUUUCGCCGACCUCGCCCACCGUCCCAGAAAGGUAA